AGCGGGGCAGCUGCAGAUAGAGAGACAAAACACAGAUUAGAUGAAAGGCUCUACCGCUAAAAGAGAGAGAGAGAGAGAGGAGUGAGAAAGAUAGAGAGACAAAUAACAGUGAAGAUAGAUAGAUAGAUAGAUAGAUAGAUAGAUAGAUAGAUAGAUAGAUAGAUAGAUAGAUAUAGACAGAUCUGCAGCUACAAACAAGAGAUGCGGAAUCACAAAAGGUCAACAACGAGAACAGGCAAGGUCGUUACCAGAUCGCUUUUCGCACCAUACAGCAAAGUGUCAGUCAGUUGAAUCAUUAUAAAAAUCAGCAACAGCGCAGCAAACUCUCUCGGCGGUUUCUCUUAUUAACAGAAGACUUUCUUCACCAAAGUACAUAUUACAGCCGCUCCUAGAACCAACCGUAAACCUGCGAAACAUGUGUGCUGGUACUUGGGGCUACAGAGACGAUAAUGGUCCUAGUGUGUGGGCGCGUGAUUAUCCCAAAGCGGCUGGCCAAAGACAGUCUCCAGUCAAUAUAGACAGCGGCAGUACGAAAGCCGUGAAACACGAUCAUGCCCUCAAGGCCGAUUAUUCGCCUGAACCGAAGAUGUCGUGCGUUAAUAAUGGACUGACAUUUGUGGCCACAAUCAACGGAGAUAAUUUCAUUAGUGGUGGUCCGUUGGAUACAAAGAGCUACAAACUGGCAAGUUUCCACUUUCAUUGGGGCAGCAAUGAUUCCCAUGGUUCUGAACACACAAUAAACAGCCAAGCAUACCCGGCAGAGUUACAUUUGGUUCACUGGAACUACAACAAAUACGAUACAUUUGCAGAAGCUGCAGCUGCCGAUGAUGGGUUGUCUGUCUUAGGUGUCAUGCUAAAGAUUGGAGAACCAAAUGCUGCCCUGAAACAAGUCUGUGAUGCCAUGGAGAAGGUGACAUCUCCUGCUACAAACUUUGUAAUGACUUCAGCCUUCGAUUUACCUGGUCUGCUUCCUGGUGACAUCAACAAAUUUUAUACUUACCCUGGUUCCUUGACCACCCCUCCAUGUCAUGAAAGUGUCACUUGGAUUGUCUGUCAGGAAACAAUUGGCUGUUCCAAAGAACAGCUUUCUACUCUAAGAUCUCUCAAGGACAAUGAUAAUAAUCGUCUGGUAAAUAAUUUCCGACCCGUGAUGCCACUUGGAAACAGAACAAUUUGCUGUUCUAAUUAAAUUUUUUU